CAAAAGAUUCUAUUGUUUGCUUCGAAAUAUUUGUCAGAUUUGAUUACUUUCUUUCAGUACUAACUUUCUAUAAUUGGAAAACAACAAUAGUUUUCUCCCAUUUGUAUUCUAAUCUUUGGUGAACUAGAUCUCAUUUUCUGUCUCUUUCAAUUUUCAACUCAGAUCUUUUCCCUAAAGAGUUGAUAUCAGAAUGGUGAGGGGAAAAACUCAAAUGAAGAGAAUCGAAAGUGAGUCAAACAGACAAGUAACUUUCUCAAAGAGAAGAAAUGGGUUGCUUAAAAAGGCUUUUGAACUCUCAGUGCUUUGUGAUGCUGAAGUAGCACUCAUUGUCUUCUCUGCCACAGGGAAACUCCAUGAGUUCUCCAGUUCAAGUGUAAACAAAACAGUGGAACGCUAUCAACGGAGAGUCAAGGACUUGGCUCUCAGCACCAAAGAAAUCCAAGAAAAUACACAGAUGGAAUGUGAUAUCAACACAACAAAGAAGUUGGAGCAACUAGAACUUUACAAAAGGAAGCUGCUGGGAUAUGAAUUGGAUACAUGUGGUAUUGAAGAAUUACAACGGAUUGAAAAUCAACUUGAAUACAGCUUAGGCAAAGUUAGGGCAAGAAAGGAUCAACUGUUGAGGGAACAAAUUGAAAAGCUAAAGAAACAGGAAAGGUGCCUACUUGAAGAAAAUAGACGCUUACGUGAACAAUGUGGAAUUAUACAACAAGAUAUAGAACUCUUAACAGAAGGUGAGCUCGGUGAGGAGGUGGAGACGGAAUUGUUCAUAGGGCGACCUCAUAAACAAAUGAUUUGAGAGCUGAAACUAGCAAAUAUACGUGAGGAAGCAUAAUCUUAUGGAAAAGAAGAUCUUCUGCGUUUCGAGAAAGUAUGUGUGGGAAUAUUAGAAGCUUGAAUAAAUUUUUGAUAGGUAAGAAAAUUAUUUAUGGAAGAAAAAACUUUGUAUUUUUACUUGAAACAAAAAUGUAUGAUUACAUAUCUAUUUAUUGUUGGAAAUAGACCCUUUUGUGUUUAGAAAAAGUGUGUGGGAAUAUUAGAGGCUUGAAUAAAAAUUUGGUAGAUAGGAGAAUUAUUUAUGGAAGAGAGAACUUUGUAUUUUUGCUUGAUUCAAAAGUGUUGGAUUACA